ACAUUUUCUUCUGCAAUCUAUAUAUUUUAGGUAAUUACUGAUGAAUUCAUUAAUAUCCAUGAGCGUAUCAAAGGUUUAUCCAACGGUCCAAAAAAUUAUGUUUCUUGCUAUAAUGGAUAUAUUGUCAAUGGAUUCUGAUUUCACACUGCCCUCUAUGUUAGAAAUAAGUGAACAAUGAAUUAUGGUGUCUGUGUUGUCGGAUCUAUUAGUACUAAAUCAAAUUAUGAUUUUUAUGGUUUGCUUCAAGAAAUAAUUCAGAUUGGGUAUUAUGGAUCGAUCCAUCAACAGGCAGUUGUUUUAUUCAAAUGUGAUUGGUACGAGAUUCCUCUUGCUCAAAGGGUUCAAGUGAAUCAAAAACAUCGAUUGGUUGACAUUAAUCCUAGAAGAUACCUUCGAUCUUAUGAGCCUUUCAUUCUUUCUAGUCAGGCAAGGCAAGUUUAUUACACACCAUACCCAUCUAUUAAUCAUGAAAGAAGGGGAUGGAUUGCUGCACUUAAAAUUAAAGCUAGGAGUAUCAUUGAGGCUCCUGAGAAUAAAGAUGACCAACAAGAAGGAUUGACACCAUAUUUCCAAGAUGAUGAGCCUUCUAUUCCCCAACAAAUAAAUAUUGAUGACAUUGCUUAUGAACCUAUGCAAUAUUCUGAUGGGAGGUUUAUUGAAAUACAUGAAGAAGCUGAUGUUGGGGAGGGGAUUGGGGAAGAGGAUGAAGAAGGAGAAUGGGAAGAUUUUGAGACAUUAGAACAAGAAAACAUAGAAACAUAUGUUGAGGAGAAUGAUAGUGGUGAUGAGUAUGCAAUAAUAUUGAAACUAUUGAAACUUAUUGUUAUAAUUAUGGUUACUACUUCCUUGUCUUUACUUUUAUAAUUAUAUUAGUUGUAUUAUAUGUUAUUUAAUUUAAAAUUGUAUGCCGUUAAUAUUACUUUUAAGUUAAUAUUUGCUUAUUUAUACUUCUAUAAUUGUAUUAGUUGGAAUAAAAUUUAUACAUUUAU